AUGGAUCCUGACUUUGAGAUAUUUGACUCUUCGUCAUCUGAGGAAGAGGAGGAGGAGGAGGAGAUAAUUUUAGCUCUUGCUAUUGAAGAAGAACACUUAGGUAAUGAAAGAGGCUCAACAUCGCAUCGUAGGUCUAUUCCUCGACGUGCAUUCAUUCGAAGAAAUUCGCUUGAAGGCCAUCAAUGCCUCUUUCAAGAUUAUUUUUCUGAGUCCCCGACGUAUCCACCGAAUUUAUUCCGCAGGAGGUUUCGAAUGCAAUGUCAUAUUUUCUUGCGUAUUCAAGCCGAAGUCGAAGCAUAUGAACCAUAUUUCGUCCAAAGAAGAGAUGCUGCUAAAAGACUGGGUCAUUCCUCGCUUCAAAAAAUAACUGCUGCAAUGAGAAUAUUAGCUUAUGGAGUCUCUAGAGAUUUUGUAGAUGAAUACUUGCGGAUUGCAGAAAAUACAGCAACCAAGUGUUUGAAAAAAUUCGUUAAGGCUAUCAUUGGCAUAUUCUCCCAUGAAUACUUAAGAUCCCCAAAUGAGAACGAUAUAGCUAGAUUAUGCGCAGUUGGAGAUAGUCGCGGGUUUCUUAGGAUGUUAGGAAGCUCCCAUAAUGAUAUUAAUGUCCUAGAACACUCUUCUGUUUUUAGAGAGCUUGCUGAAGGACAUGCUCCAAAGGUCAACUACUCAAUAAAUGGAAAUGACUAUUCGAUGGGCUACUAUCUUGCCGAUGGUAUAUAUUCUUCAUGGUCGACGUUUGUCAAAACAAUUCAUGCUCCACAUGGCCGUAAAAAUAAACAUUUUGCAGUAACUCAAGAAUCAGCAAGAAAAGAUGUAGAACGAGCUUUUGGAGUGCUUCAAGCUCGAUUUGCUAUUGUACGUGGACCAGCACGAUUUUAUGAUCGACAAACACUUAAGGAGAUUAUGAUGGCAUGCAUUAUUUUGCAUAAUAUGAUCGUAGAAGACGAGCGACAUACUUAUCUUCGAGUAGAAGACUUUGUUUAUGAACAAAGCGAUGAAAUAACUGAAGAGCCUAUGUCCCAUGAGCAUACAAAUGAAUUUGUAAACUUCAUUCAACGCCAUCAUCACAUUCGAGAUCGAGGAAUUCAUUUUCAACUUCAGUCGGAUCUUAUUGAACAUUUAUGGGAAAUAUAUAGUAAAUCUUAA